CCCUCCUCGUGUAAAGACGUGUCUGUUCAGGUGUCUCUAAAAUAAGUAAAAAGUUACUAAAUUGCAUAAAUUUGCAUUUGUAAUAUCAACCAAUUAAACGAUUUAACGUGUUCGAUCAACUAAAUAACUACAAAUUUAGUCUCGAAAAUGGCACGCGACAACGCUAACGACACCAUGGCGAAAGCUUUCGGGAAUCCGUUGAUUCUCGACUCCACCUUCACCAAACUCGACCUCCCCGACCUGAAAACGUCUCGCCUCGUCUGCCGCGACUGGAACGACGUCGGCGUCACUGUCCUAGCAAAACGAGCUUUUCUCCAGGUCAACAAGCUUUUUUCCUGCAAUUUUGACGAGGUGCCUCCCGUCGCCGACGCACUGAUGCGAUGUCUCCUCAUCUCGGACAAAUUUGACCCAUCCAUCCGCUCAAAGAAGGAGGAGAUUCAAGUUAUUACCAAAUCUCUAACUCAAGUAUCCGAAUUAACCCGAGAAAUUAAAUUGGUCGCCGCUCAGAAGGAAUUUAUCCCGGCUUUCCUCGAAGGAAUAAGGACCCUGGGGUCCACCAAAGUCCAACGCGUUGACAUCAUCAGCGACAAGCUGUACAAAAUCCCGGCCGAAGCGUGUCGAAAACUCCCCCCGCAACCCAGCCUUACCUCCCUCGGGGUAAACCUUCUUCCAAAAGGGCUGCCCCCCAGAACCUCCAGCUACCAGCAGGAGUUUCUUGUCAAAAUUUUGCUCGAGGCUGCCCCCAACCUGACCACGCUGGACGUCGCGGCGUCCCUCUAUCCGAAUUUGGAGGGGUGUAAAAGCCUCAAAGUGCUAAAAUUUGAAUGCAUGGCGCACCUGAUGGAUUACCGUCGUAACCGUAAUUUGGCCAAGCUGACGGACAUGCUGGCACACGUGAAGGAUUCCUUGAUCGAGCUGGAAUUGAAUAUUUGGGAAUCCACGGAGAAGAUGAAAUCCGUUACUGGAGGUCCCGUCAUGUCGAAACUUACCACGCUCUCAAUCCAUCCCACAGAUGCGAACGAAAUUCUUGACUUUUUUGAUGAAGACCACUUUCCAAAAUUAAAAACCCUCCGAGUCCACGACAUCGGUGGAGAUUCAUCUUUUUUGUCCUUCUUAAACUUAUGGAGGAGACACAGCGGAGUUCAAUCUCUCGCGUUGACCAUGAAUUCAUUUGAAGGCUGGGAAGAUAUGGAAUUCGGGGAAAAAAUUGUGGAUUUGUUUCCCACCGUGAAGGAAUUCAAGUUGGCCUUGGAGGACAUACAUUUUACUGCGAUUCCCGCCGUCAGCAAUAUCAUCGAACCUUUCAAAACGUGGGAUUUGGAAGGAGUCAGCGUGCACGUGGAUGGGGUGACCCAAACCUCCGUGCUGGUGGACGUCCUUAAAGCGAUGUCCGGUUUGAAAGGAGUUAAAAGUGCCCGGUUCUCAGAUACCUACGUCAACGAGAGCAACUUUUCUCCCCACGUUCAAGACCUCAUCUUACGCAGUAGAGAAUAUCAACGCGUAGAAAUCUCGGGACGUGUGGUACCGGAAAUUGUGAAACGAUUUCAACUCAUUUUUGAAGCCAGUGGUGCACCCAUUCAUUUCACGGGAGGUGUGGCUAACGGAUUUGGAGCCCAACAGAUAAACUAUCGUGCUUUGUGUAAUCUUUUGAAUGGAUUUUGACUUGAUUUUUACAGUAUGGCAAACUAUUUUGCCGGAAUUUUUUAAUAAAUAAUUUUGAA